AUGUCCACUCCACCCUUAGCCCUGUCUGAUAGUGAGAAGGGAGCUCUGGCUACAUUUUGGGUAAAGAUCACCCCUGAAGUGACUGCUCUGGGUGCAGCGGCUAUGUACAGGUAACACUCGCCUUAGUUUCAUCAUGGUAACUGUAUCCUCCAUCCGAAUUGGACGGUUUAACAUACUAUGUAGUUUGCAUUUUAAUAAUAUUAAGGAGACUGUACUGACCCCUUUGCAGGGCAGUAACCAUGUGAAUAGAGUGUUACAGAAAUAAAAAUGAAUGCACGAGAAGCCCAGGCUUCUGUUUUUAUUAAAGUGUAAUUAAUCACUACAUUAUUAGCUGCAGAAACCAUUUUAUUAUUUUGGUUAUUUUAAUCAAUCCAGGAUCAAUGUUCCAUAAAACAAAUCCCCAGGCCCAUCAGGUCACCAGUAGAUAAAAACAAAGUGCUGCCCAGCAGAAGGUAGAAUUCAUGUACUGCAUGAGCCAGAUUGAAUCGACCACAAAGGUAUUGUGUAGAUUAAAGGGACACGCUGGGCCCCUAAAGUACCUUUAUCUUGCUGAAAUGCUUUCUGUGUGAAGUUAUUAUAAUAUAAAACAACCAGUGCUGAUACUUCCUGGUUAUUUAGCUCAGUGGAGCUAAACCCAAGAGGCAACAAUUGCCCAGAGAACAGGCUUUUCAUUGAGCUGCAUUGGGAAGUCUGUGACUGGACAGACACAGAAAGUCUGGACUUUAAGGUAUAUGAACUAAAUUAUUAUAUAUUUUUUGUGGUCAAUUUCCUUUGUGCUUGCCUCUUACAGAAACCCUAUAGAGUCAGGAACACAAAUGUUUUCCUCACCCUAUAUUGUUAAACUAAAUAUUUAGCCCCCCUGGCCCCACCUUACCUUCCUUAAAACUAAUUAAAUAAAUAAAAAAAAAAAAAAAGUCACCUUCUUUCCAAUGCAGUUCUGCCGGCACUGACUCCGCUCUACCUGCUUGGUUGACGUCCUCAGGAUUGGAUUGGCUUAGAUUGUCAAUUCUGAUGAUCUCAGCCAAGAAGGGAUGUGGAGGUGGAGCCUCACUCCAUCCUUGCUAAUCAUCAUCUCCUUGUAGAGAGCGACAUUGAAUCGAUCUAUCUCUAUGGGGAAAGUUCAUUGUCUCCACUCAGAGCUAAACGUCAGGUCUGCACACUGUGUAGUACUGACCCAGAAAGCACCUCUAGUGGCCAGUGGAGGUAUCCCUAGGCUGUAAUGUAAGCACUGCAUUUUCUCUGAAAAUACUGUGUUUGCAUUAAAAUGCCUGCAGGGACUGACUAUACUCACCCGAAUAACUAUGAUAAGCUGUAGUUGCUCUGGUGACUAUAGUGUCCCUUUUAAGUUUAAUGGGUAGCAUUUGUUCGUGUGUGUGGAGGUUUUUUCUUUUUUUUUUUUUCUUCCUGUUAUGCUGAUUGGUGUCCAUGAAGACAAGCUUAUGUCUAAUUAUUGGGUCACCUGUGAACACGGCAAUGUUUCAGCCUUUCACAGGUCUGUACCAUGCCAAGUAAAGUAGUAUAAUUAGGAACAUGUUAAAAAGGCAAAUCCUGUGAACGAGCUGGAUUAAGCCAAAACUGGGUUCUAUAUACUUUGAGGGUAUGAGUAGUAAGUUUAUUAUAAUGUAAUGAAUGCACAGAUAGUGGUGGUUAUUUAAAGGUACACUAUAGUCACCCAGACCACUUCAGCUCAAUGAAGUGUUCUGGGUGCCAGGUCCCCCAGGUUUUAACCCUUCAGAUGUAAACAGAGCAGUUUCAGAGAAACGGCUAUGUUUACAUUGCAGGGUUAAUCCAACCUCUAGUGGCUGUCUUCCCGAGAAUCGCAUCCAGCAUGCAGAACGUCUAUAGGAAAGCAUUGAGAAAUGCUUUCCUAUGGACUGUUUGAAUGUGCGCGUGGCUCUUGCCGCACAUGCGCAUUCCACACCACUCGGGCGCUGGCGGGGGUGGAGAGGUCACCAGUGCUGAGGGAGCUUGGCGCAGGAUUAAAGUAAGUAACUGAAGAGGUUUUAACCCCUUCAGCACCAAGGGAGGGGGACCCUGAGAGUGGGGUCCGAUGAUAUAGUGUCAGGAAACAGUUUGUUUUCCUGACACUAUAGUGAACCUUUAAGUGCUGUAAUGGAUGGAGCAAGAUAGCUCUGGGCACAAUUAUGGUGACAUGGACCAUGACUGCAUGUGUUCGUCUGGUGCUGGUUUGGUUGCUGGGGCAUUCUUGUAUAUAUUGGGUUGGCCAGUGUGCGGAGGACUGCAGUUAUGGUAGGAAUUUGGGGUUCCCUUCUCAAGUUGCCCGUUUAUGUUAAUGUAGUAUACAGGGACAGUUAUUCCCCGAUGUUUGUGGUGGGUGUUUUAAAGCCAGCUUACUUUAGUUGUUCAUGCAGGUGGUAAUGAUCUGAUGAAAGGUUAUGUUCACAUGGUUGAUUUGAUGGAGUAUUAAGCAGGAUUUUCUUUGUUCUCUCAAGUGUCCUUUGUAUGGUCGGAAGUGGUACCCCACAUUGGAAGGGUUUCCGUAGGUAAUUUGAGGAUACUUGAGCUAACUAGGUGUAAGUUGAAUUAUGGGGUAUUGCAGUCUGUACAUUGCCUUGCCGAGGUAGUGGUUUGUUAUUUUGGAGCUGAAGAAGGAUAACAGAGAUGUCAAGAGGCGGGAUGUUGUUCUUCUGGGUUUGACAUGUUUAAUGGAGGUAAGUAAUCUUGGAUUGAGCAAGCGCUGUUUGUGAUGGGUGCAGCCUGCCACUUUGAAGGUUGGUCCCCUAGCCAGCACCUGGAUUCAAAAUUAAAUGGGUAGUUUAAAACUGAGCAUUGGGUGAGUGUGUUCCUGCCUUGGAACUGAACUCUGAAGAACUGCCUGGGGGGCGGUGCUCUUUUCAGCCGGCAGUGGAAGUUAAAGGUGGAUUUUUUUUUUGUAAUGUUUUUAAAUAAAGCUCUAAGCAAGCCCUUCCCAUUAUAGCUGUUUAACGGUUUUUAUUUCAUGGUGGGAAGAGGAUUUGGUUGGGUUUAUUCUGUUGUGUUUCAGGCAUGCUUGACCAGUCAUGAACUUGGUUUCUAACUUUAUCUAAUUCUUUAAUUCUAAUUCCCCUCCCCCUUCUUUUUAGCAAAUGCAUCUUUGUAUCUCUCUUUCAGAGGAUUUUAUGUUUACAAAAUCAGAUUCUGUGUUGGAGAAAAAUGAACUUUUGUGUGUGUGGUUAUUACUUAAAUUUUUGCACAAAAUAUGCAAUUCACUUUAACCUUAACCCCUCCUGGACAAAAGUUGUCAGCCUUCCCCCACCUUGAGUGCCCAUAACAAAUCUUUAUUUUCAACAGUGUUUGGACUUAUCAAAUCUUUACAUCAAGGCUGCUCUGGCAAAAAAACUUGUUAGCUGGGUGUUUGUGGCGGAAUCUACUGCCAAUUUCGUAUGCUUUUUCAUGUGUGGUGUGUGUGUGUGUGUGUGUGUGUGUGUGUGUGUGUGUGUUUUUUUCUUUGUGUUUUUUGGGGAGUUUUUGUAUACGAACGCCUUCCAUUUGUCUCACGAACGAGGACCACCCCUGUACCCCAUUAGAACAUUCACACUAGCAACUUAAGUGCGAAACCGCAAGGGAAGUAAUUAAUGAAUGCUUCCCCUGGGUGGCCUCCAUUUCGUAUAACCGAAUGCACGUGGUCAACAAAAGAAUGGUGACCAUCUAAUCUCUCUAACGUGGGCAGUGGCACUUGGUUGUUGAGUGCCUGGAACCUUUUUUGGCUAGGCACUCGCACGAACCCCGGUAAAGAUUAGACCGCUGCCAGUUUUACUUUCCGACCAACUAUGUGAACAAUGUUCGGGAGAUAGGAACUACCGAACAGGGGGAGCCUUCGUACCCGGAAACUAAAAGAAACCCUUGCAUGGUGUUUGCACAGGAACCCCUGAAUAGAGACCGGCCAGAGCACCUAUUUCCCUAGAACUGUUUUGGUCUAGCGCCUCGUGUCCAGAUGAUCAAAACUUUACGCCAGUGGCAUUUCGGUUUCACCAAACUGAUCUGAGUGAUAUUUGGGUAUGUUAUACACUCAGAUCGGUGCUAUCCGGGGAUAUAAUAUUUGUGAGUAGUGAUGUCCCGAACGGUUCGCUGAACGGUUCACACGGACUCAUCAUUGAAUAAACUUUGACCCUGUACCUCACAGACAGCAGACCCUCCCACCUCCUGGACAGCUCACUAAGAAUGCAGCUUCACAAUGAAUGUAAAAUGAAUGAUGUCCAGGAGGUGGGAGGGUCUGGGAGGGAGGGUCUGCUGCUGAUUGGCUGGAAUGUGUCUGCUGACUGUGAGGUACAGGGUCAAAGUUUACUCAAUGAUGAGUCCGUGGCGAACCGUUGGCGAACCGUUCGGGACAUCACUAUUUGUAAGGUUUCUAGCUUUGGUAGGAGAACUUUUGGGGUACUGUAUAUUUUGGAUAGAUUUUCUGUACCUGAGAGAUAAUUGAAUUAUAGGUUUUUAUCACGCAAUUAUCUUAGGCACAGAGGAUCUUGGGAUUGAAACUCCUGUGUUAUUGUAUUAGAGACCCCAUGUAGGGGUCUGUGCAUAAAGGCAAUGUGUGGUAGAAAAUAAAUCGGUUGACUCCCAGAACUAUGUUUAGUCUGGUUACUGGGGGAAUGGAUCUCUGUAUGCUUUAUGGUUCCAGUCUGGCUGAGAGAAGGAAUUUAGCGGAGGUAACCAGUCGGGUUACCGUGGUCCGUUAAAGUGUUUAAAGGGUUACUCCACUAAAAACAGUCUUUUAAAAAGACAAUGUUUUGAUCAAAGUAAAACUGCUAACCUCCACCCCACCAAAAAAAAAUUAAAAGUCAUCAGACUUAAAGACAAUUUCUGCUAUCCAGCUUUGUUGUGUUUUUAAUUUUUUAUUUUUUAUUUAUUUAUUUUUUUAAAUAUCCGGGGGGUUAACUACUGAACUGAACAGCAAGCUAUUGGAGUUAAUGAUAGACAUUCUAACUCUAGGUCAUUUUAUUGUUAAUCCACUACUCCCCCUUCUUGAUUUUUGUUAAAAUUUAAAUAAUGCCAAAUUGUAUCUGCAUUUCUGAAAUCCUUCUUCUAAACAAGCACUGAUCAGAAUUGCCAUCGGUCUUCAUGUCUUACACCAGGCUUAUCCUGAUCCACGAUGAUGCCAGGGAGCACUACAGCCAAUUCGACUUGAGUGAAAACUCCCCUGAUCUCCGUGACCAUGGUGUUAAAAUCAUAAAUGCCUUUGGAAAUGCCAUCAAGAACAUGGACAACCUUCCAGAUGCCAUCUGUGACCAGAAUGGACUGCCUAUGAAUGUACUACAUGUAGAAACCCAGCAUUUCUGGGUAAGAGAACUAUCUUCAGCUAUUGUAGGAGUUCUGUAUUCAGCUACUAACCUUCUGUUUUUGGAAUGCUCCUAUCCUAUCUUCAAUGUUGGUGGGUCAGCACAAGAAAAAGAGAAAUACAUUAUCUAUUUCAAAUUUUUUAAUUUUUUUUUAAUUAUUAUUUAAAAAUGACCAUUAAGCGCUUCUCAAAUAUCCCUCUUCCUUUCCUCUCUUCACCCUCCCUCACUCCCACCAAUAAUGUUAUGGGGCUGGAGUACCUGAGUGUCACCUUGCCUUAAAGCGCUAAACCAUUUGAAGAUGGUUUAAAGACCAAUUGGGUCCUUAAAGCAACAAUUCCUGUACUGUAGCGGAAGGGGUGUGGACGGGCCCCUGCCCAACUUUUAUCAAACAAUAAGAUGAAGUUGUUUUGGGGGCUAGAGUUGACCUUUAAAUGUAUAUUGCUAUGUCGUUAUCAGAACAUAGAAGAACCAAGACAAUACAAUUGGUAUUAGUCAUGAGUUGGAAACCUUCGUCACUCCAGAUGUUGUGAACUAUGUCUCCAAUAUGCAAAUAAAAAUAAUGGUGAGAGCACUCAAUACAUGCAGUAUAAAAUGUUUACCAGUACUGUCUUGGGCAUGUAUCUAAAAUAGCAAGACAUAAAAGAACCAUAGGGUAAUAUUGUCAUAAGUAUAUGCAAAGCCCGUAUGUAACUGGUUAAACUCACAUGUUGCUGACUCCGACUAUAUGCUUUUAGCGGAGAUAAACCGUUUAGAGCAAGACGUUCUGUGUUGGUCUAGACAAAUUCUCCCUGGAUGUGGUCUGUACAGUUAGUCCAGGAUACAGGAUCAAACUAAUACUUGUUUUAUUAAUACAAGAUAAAUGUCAUACCUCCACGUGGCCCAUGCUGCUCCAGUCCCGCCGUCUGCUCUGCUCAUCCCGGCUCUGCCAGCCUCCGACUGACAGCAUGCCGCUGACUUCUUAAAGCGAUAGUACCAUUUUUGCAGCAAUCCUGGUAACCCUUUUAUAAUCUCUCCUAUUCUCUUCCCUAGCCUAUCAGAUCUCUCUUAGCCCUAUUUAUACCUCCCUCCUACAUCACUUCCUUGCCCUGUCGUGGUCUAUUGUAGCCCGAGAGCGCGUUCUGAAUACUUGUGUGUUUCCUGGUAUCUGACUUUGGCUUGUCUCUGGUUAUCCGUAAUUUCUGGCUUCCUUGACCCUUGGCUUUGUUUCUCAUUUAUUCUUCAUCUCCUGCCCUGACCUCGGCUCGUCUGAUUAUUCUGUUACUCUCCUUACUUUUCUUCAUGUUAAGUCCGGCCACUUUAAGGACCGGUAAUACGUCUAGUUUGGGUUGUCUGUUAGUCCUAUAGUUAGCGUGUUGGGGAACCUAACCUUGACAAUAAAAGAAUAUAAAUAAAAACCAAUAACCUAAAAAUUGUCCAUAAAAUGUGCCACAACGCAUUUCGGCGAUAAAGCCUUCCUCAAGUGGUGCUAUUCGUCCAUCUCCGCUGUUCCUGUUUUUAUACAGGAAAAUUUGACGCCCAUCUCCGCAACUUCCGUACCUUCCUACUUCUGUUGUCGUCAACUUUCGUCAUCUGACGUCUUCAUUGCAUCAUGACGUCACUUUGGCGCCAUAUACCGGAAGUGUUGCGGGCACCAUUUUAGAAAGUCCAAUAUAAGAAUAGAUGCCAGUCUAUUGCCAAGUCCUUAUUGUUUAUAAAGUGCAAAAGCAUCGAUCAUUAUAAUAAUUAAAUAAACCUACUAAGAGGAAAAAUGUAGAGGGAAUAUUAUCAGAAAAAGGGAAUUAUACAUAAAAAAAAAAAUAGUUAUAAGUAUAAACAUAAAUACACUAAAAUAAUUUUAAUAAAAACCCUUAGAGGAAAUAUAAAACAUUAUUAUUAUUAUUAUUAUUAUUAUUAUUAUUAUUAUUAUUAUUAUUAUUAUUAUUAUAUGCAUGAAUUCAUUUAAAAAUCUGCAUUCAGACCAUAUGGGGACAGUGAUUCCAUAUUAAAAAUCCAUUUCAUCUCAGUUUUACUGAGGAGGCUCUCAAUUUCACUUCCCCAUCAAUGUACUUUAACUGCUUCUAUUCCCACAAACACUCUACCAUUUGCAUUACCCCCAUGGAUUUCCCAAAAUGUUUUGAUACACUAUGUAGGGUAAAUUUCCUGUUAAUGUUAUAAAUAUGUUCCCUAAUUCUUAUUUUUAGUGUUCUAGAUGUUUUGCCAAUAUACUGAAAUCCACAAGGACAAAUAAUCAUAUAGAUUACAUUUUUAGAGUUACACGUUAAAAAAGAAUUAAUAUUAUAAGAUUUUUUUUAUUUUGGAAUGAGGUAAAUUUAAUAGCAUUUUUAUUCUUAUUUUUUCUUAAAGUGCAACCUUUACAAGUCCCACAGUAAUAAAAAAAAAAAAAAAAAAAAAUUCUUUUAAACAUUGUUAAAAUUUGUGGAUUUGUCUCUUUAUCUAAAAAACUUGAAGUUAAAACCUGCUUAAGAAUUUUUGCUCCUCUAAAAAUGACUUUAGGUCUUGCCCCUAAAUAAUGUUGAAUAUCUUGAUCCUGUUCUAAAAUGUACCUUUUUUUUUUUUUUUCUGUAGUUGGCUACUAUUAGAACUGUAAUUAAAAAUAACGGUUAUAGUAAUAUUAUCUUCUUUCUGUUCUUUUGUCCUGUAUUUUAAAGUGUUUUCUCUUGGCUCUUGUCCAAUUUCAUCCCUUAUACAUUUUAACGAGUCUCGGUUAUAACCUUUUUCCACAAGUUGAUCUAUUAAAAUCUGUGUUUGGUCUUCAUAUUGUUGAGCCUCCGUACAGUUGCGUUUUAUUCUUAGAAACUGUCCUUUAGGUAUGUUUGCCAACCAUGGUCUAAAAUGACAGCUUUUCAAAUUAAUAAAACUGUUUACAUCUACUGUUUUAAAAAAAGUUUUUUACUUUUAAUCUGAUUCUCCUCAAUAUAAAGACACAAGUCCAAAAAUUUCACGUUAGGUUACUAUUCCAAUCAUUUCAGUUUAAAUUUUAUAAAAAACUUAAAAGGGACUCUUCCGUUCCUCUCCAAACUAUAAAAAUGUAAUCUAUAUGUCGUUUAUAGAGGACCAGACUUGCCCCAAGUUCCAGUUUGGAGAAAAGUUCCUCCCAAUGGGCCAUGAACAAAUUGGCAUAACUUGGGGCAAAUCUGGUCCCCAUAGCCGUUCCUUUAGUCUGCAAAUAAAAAAAAUUUCAAACCAAAAAAAAAAUUAUUAAAAAAGAAUCAUUUUAAUACCCUCUAUAAUAAAAUCUAUCUGUUGGGGGUUCAGAUCUGUAUCCUUAUUUAAAAAAAUGCCUAGCAGCCUCAUAACCUCUCUUGUGUUCAAUAGUGGUAUAGAGGCUGCUGACAUCACAAGUAGCCAUGAUCAGUCCAUCCUUAAAAUCAUUUAAAAUUUGUAAUAACGACAGUGUCCUUAAGAUAAGAGGGGCAUUUCUUUACUGGAUCCUGUAAAAAUUGAUCUAAAAACUGCGAUAAAGGGGAUAAAAGGGAGCCAAUCCCUGAGACGAUUGGUCUUCCCGAGGGAUUUUCUGUGUCCUUAUGGACCUUAGGUAAAACAUACAAAACAGGGAUUUUUGGAACUUUAACAUUGAGCAAAUCAUAUAUUUUUGUUUGUUUUUUUGUUUAGUAUCCCUUGUUCUAAUCCCUGACUUUAAAAAUUCAUUAAAUUUCUUUUUUAUAUCUUUUUAUAAGGGAUUUUUUUUAACAAUAAAAGGUAUGUUUCUUGAUCUUUUAGUUGUUCAGAAAUUACAUUAAGGUACUUUUUCUUUUUGCCAUACGACUACUCCCGUUGGAGUCAGCUUUUGGUGACUCAGCAACAUGUGAGUUUAACCAGUUACAUAUGGGCUUUGCAUAUAUUUAUGACAAUAUUACCCUAUGGUUCUUUUAUGUCUUGCUAUUUUAGAUACAUGCCCAAGACAGUACUGGUAAACUUUUUAUACUGCAUGUAUUGAGUGCUCUCACUAUUAUUUUUAUUUGCACUUUGUAUAUUCUUGUGUGUUAGAGUGAUUCACACUAGGUGAUAGUAGCACCACAAUAUUAUUUGCACUUUUUUCCUAACUUCACCUCUCAUUUGUUACUAUGUCGGUUAGAGCCAUAAUACUGGCAAAGCAUUAGGGUAGAUGUAUUCCACAAAGUCUGGAUUUCUGACCAUUUCCUACCCCUGGCGGUAAUCAGGCAGUAGGAGCCAGAUUUGCUGGCUAUAUGCGUGCUAAGCACAUCCCUCCACCAAUCUGCAGCUUUUAGAGAAAGGCCAAGCUGUGGAGCCCUGUACACAAAACGACUGAAUGCGGCUGUGAAUAAAUUGAGGUACGACAGCUAUUAUCCUAUUCUGCAGUUUCUCUCAUUAAAUGAGAUGAGUGGCUUUGCUGCUGAGGUCUGAACAACAAAAAAAAAUAAAACCAGUAUUCGCUCAGACUAGACUGAGACGAUUUUGAUUGGUGGAGCUCCUUCCUGGUUUGAGAUGCUUGUUGUUUCUAGCCAGUGGAUUGGCUGAACUGGUGGAACUGUAGUUAUUGUUUACAUGUUCAAUUAUCUAUGUAUACUGUAAAACUAUCAAAUAUUUACACAAUACUCUCGAGUAUUUUCAUUAACCACUGCAACCUCUGUUCCUGCAUCACUAAUAAACUGUUUACUCAGUACUUGCGAAUGUAUUCUUGGUCCCCUGGAGCCAAUCUUCUGAUGAUUAAAUGACAGAGCUAUAAACAUGGACUCAAGGCAAUAUGUUGAAGUGGUUAUGGUUCCUACAUUGUUCCUUUUUAAAUCCCAGAAUGAUAGGUCAUAGUUAUACAAAGCAAAACUGAAGGACAUUUAAUAACCUGGAAAACAAAAACGUUUCACCACUAUCUGUCCCUUAUUUUUCCUUCUCUCCCUCUAGUGUAUGUGUAUGGCUAUUCAAAUUACCCUGGUCGCCCACUAUAAAGAGGACUUCACUGGAGAGUGUCUUUCUGCCUGGACAAAGUUUAUUUAUCACCUUUCCAAUGCCCUGGCAGACAAACGCAAGUAAUGCAGCAAUAUAUCGUGCGAGAAGACUCCUUGCAACAAAGAACCCAAGUCAACGCUUUAUUUAUUAUAAACCUUUAAAUGUUCUAAAUUCCUCUUUUUUUUUUAAACCUCCUGAGCGCUUUGUUUAACCCACUGUGUAUCCAUUAGCCAAAAACCUCCCUUCAGUCUCGUCUAACUGGUGAAAAUAAAGCAGCUGUUAAAUUUCACUCUCGAUUCAGCUAUAAAGUGUUUCUUGUAUGUCUUUGUUUGAUGUGUAGUGUGUUCUCUUUCUCGGCUCAAUCUUACCUACUGAUUUUUCUAAACCCAUUUAAUGUAGUUUAGAGACGUCACUGGGGUAUUAUCGCAGUGUGAAACUUCAUAUACACCAAGAACACUGAGCUCCUACACGAGAGGGACAUUGGGAUAGAAGAGGGACAUUAUUCCCAUUCAGACUGCAUAACAAGAAGACCAAACUAAUAGGAAAAGGACUGAAAAUUCAAGCCAUUUAGGUAAAUGGAACACAAUAUUAGUGUGGGUGCGGUGUGUGUUUUUUUUUCUCACUUCAUGGUUUAGGGAGGGAUCACACUGGAUGCUAAUUAACACGUGGAUUUGCAUCAAACACCAGGAGUGAUUUGAUGGGAUUUCUGUUAUCCUGCCAGGAUUACGAUUAAAAUGCUUCAUGUAGACACAUUACCUAAAACAGUGGUAGGCAACCUUUGGCACUCCAGAUGGUGUGUAAUGUAGUCCACGACAUCUGGAGUCCUGAAGGUUGCCUACUCCUGACCUAAACUGAUUGGCUUCUGACACAAGGCUGUGCUAGGGUUUAUUGUAAAUGUAGAGUGACAGAAGUCUGUGCCAAGGCUCAGCCGGUCUCGUAUGAUAACACAGAAGACCACCUGUAGUUCAAAUUGCUAAAAAACUAAUACAGGGGCGUACCUGGAGCAUUUGGCACCCGGGGCGGAUCCUUUAUUUGGCACUCCCCUCACUAAAAUGUAAAAAAACACACAUUUUUUAAAUGAGUGUCAGUGUUUGUAUAUUUUUAAUGUAAGCAUGUUGUUGUAUGGAGUAUGUGUGAAUGAAUGUAUGGGUGUGUUUGCACAUAUUGGCAUUUGAAUGCAGGCGUGCAUUUUUCUGUAGUUUGGUUUUUGAAUAUGGUGGUGUGUUUUUAUGUAAUGUUGACAUUUGGAAGCAGGGUUGUAUUUUUGUGUGUAGUGUAGACAAAAUGCUGAGAUGUAUGGACAUAUACACACACUGGCACACAUACAGAUAAACAGACACAUAGGUACACACAUGCAGUUGCAUAGAAACACGAUCAUACACAGAUACAAAUACUGACACACAGGCAUACAUACAGAUACAGACACACAAACAGAUACACAGACAUACAGAUACAUAUGUAUAAGUGUGUUUGCGUAGUGAAUGCAUUGUGUGUAUAGUGUUUGGAGUGUGUAUGGUGUGUAUGCAGAUGCAGUGUGUGUUGUGUAGAAUAAAUGCUGGGAAGGUGAGCAGUGUGUGGGUUUGCCCCCGCCUCCCUGACACUUGCCUGCCCGUCCCAUCCUCCUGGACGGGUGGUCCUGGUGGCACAGCAUAGAUGGGCAGUGAAGAGGAGGGUGCCAGAACUCUGCACGCUUGCUUCCCAUCCAGCAGCAGCAGGGUCCGCUAUUCUCGAGAUCCGCGAGGUUGUUGCCGCGGGUUGCUAUGGCAACCUGCGGCAACGCUCUUGCGGAUCGCGAGAACAGAGGACCUGCUGCUGGAUGGCUAACGAGUGUGCAUAUUCUCGUAAAUGGACGGUCCCUUAA